AGAUCUGUUUACUAGAGUUUCUAUUUGGCAUAUGUCACUGUAAAUACAGUGAAAAAGCUGAGAAUUAAAUUAAAGAGUUCUUCCUCACUGGGACAGAAUGGGAGGUCAUGGUCAUGGACAUGGGCACGGAGACCCCUACGUUGUACCAGAUUAUAGGAUUUACAAAGUUGAAGAUGCCCCUGAAUUAGUUCAAGUCCAAAAGGCUCUUGCAAGUAAAGGACUUAAAGACCCAUGGCUGAGAAAUGAAGUAUGGCGAUUUAAUACAAAAGAAUUUGGAACAAGAAGGAGCCGAACGAUGGGCUUUUUAUUCCGAGGAUUUAAAUGGGGACUGGCUGCUACAGUAGUAACAGUCGCAUUAGAGAAGGCGUGGGAAAAAAUGAAUCCUAAAGAUGAUCAUCAUGGUCAUGGACAUCAUUAAUAAUUAAUUUGAUAUAAUUAGAUGAUUGUAGAUAUUAUUAUACUAAUAAAAGAGGAA